AUGGGGAACCAUCAUUCUGUCCUAACAAUUGUAGAUGGACCAACAAUUCCAGUGUUUCACUUCAACGGAACGAAUGUAGAUGUUGCUAUACACGCUCUUUCCGGAACACAAUUCGUUCUUCGAAGUACCAGUAACGGCAAUCCUCACCCAUCAUUUACAUGGACAUAUUCGGGAGGCUCAGCUAUUGGCGAGGAACUUGUUAUUCCUGAGAUUAAACCUUUAAACGAAGGGAAUGUCACAUGCUUAGCAAGGAACGUGAUGUUGUCGUCAUCAGGUGAAACACUAACAACACAUCAGGCGGCUGCAAUUUUCCUUCAUAUUGAUGUCCCAAUAACGCAGGUUGCACUUGUUGGGUCAAAUGCUCGGAAUGCUGUCCUGAAAGAAAACGAUACAUCGACCUUUGAAUGUCAGAGCUCGCCAGGAAAACCUCCUGCAAUAAUUCACUGGUACAAGGACGGUGGGACAAAAGAAAUCAUCGAAGGUGACAUUACACUUAAUGAAUACAACACUACAGCAAUGGCAGAAUUCUCCGUUAAGAGCUUUUUGAAAUAUCAAGCAAAGAGACAAGAUAAUGAAAUGAGUAUAUACUGCACGGCUUCCAAUGUUGGACCAGUGUUUACCUCUCCUCAGCGAUCGAAACUGAUCAUAGUGUCAUUACCGGUUAUCCCGGAGGAACUUGCCAAAACAAAUAUUGGAGCGAAUUCAGUAACAUUAUCGUGGAAGUAUGACUCCGGAAAUCAUAUAUUUCCCAGAUUUAUAAUUGGUAUGAAAGAGUCUGAUUCUGGAUGGACGGAACGCCUUUUACUGGACAUAUCCACAAAUUCAACGAGACUAUCUACUACAUUUACAAUGCUGAACUCUGCAUCUGUUUACUCAGUACGUAUAUAUGCCGAGAAUUCUCUAGGUCGAAGCGCCCCAACACCCGUGGUAUCAUUCACAACACUAUCGUCCUCGAUGACAGAUUCAAGUCAGUCGUUACAUUCAGCACAAUCUACCCAGGUGGGACCUAUUAUUGGAAGUAUUAGCGGAGGAACUGUAUUGGGGAUUUUAUUGGGAAUUGUUGGGACCUGGUUUGUUUUCGUUCGUAAAAACAGGUCAAAAAAGGGCGGAUGCACCGCAUGUUGCAUUUCAGAUAAAACCAACACAUACGAAGCUAAAAUCAGCUCAACCGGUGACGCAACGUACUCUUCAAUCGAUGCCGCUACUCCAGUACAAAGGGAACAUUACUAUGACGAUACCGUAGCUGGUAGAGCACAAGUACCAUCCAAUCCAGUGGAGCUGGAAGGACAGAACGUUAUUGUAACAUUGAAAACAUCGGUAUGCAUACAAUCUGAAUAA